AUGGAACGGCAGGCUACAUUGGCGGACGUCUACAAGCAAUAUCGUGCUCCUAGUAAUCCUCUUACUGUGAUCACUGCUCACGAUUUCAUAUCCGGUGCUAUUGCGGACUCUACACCGAAUGUUGAUAUGAUUCUUAUAGGAGAUUCACUUUCUAUGACGGCUAAAGGUUACAGAUCUACGCUCGAGAUCCCCUUCGAUGAGUACAUUUAUGCCUGUAGAUCUGUUAUGAGGGGAGUCAAUAACAAGUUCGUUAUGGCAGAUAUGCCGUUUGGGUCUUUCGAGAGCAGUGAUUCUAAGUGUAUUGAAUCUGCCGUUAAACUUAUGAGAAUUGGAAAAAUAGGAUCCCUGAAGAUUGAAGGAGGGGUGGAGAUGGUUGAUAGAAUCAGAAAGCUCUGUCAGCUAGGAAUCCCCGUUACUGGUCAUUUGGGAUUACAGCCUCAAAAAUUCAAUUCCUAUGGUGGCUAUAAAGUGCAGGGAAAGACGGCUGAUAGUGCCGUCAAAAUUUACCAGGAUGCUUUGGCUUUACAGGAUGCUGGAUGUAGCUUUAUUGUGCUCGAGUGUGUUCCUCAUAAGGUGGCCAAGUUUAUUACUGAGCAUUUGGAUAUUCCUACUAUUGGAAUUGGCUCUGGAUGUGGAACCACCGGCCAAGUUCUUGUUUUUUCUGACUUGCUUGGAAUGAUGGAUGUCAAAACAGGCAGAUUUGUUAAGCAAUACAUGAACUUUCAUUCUCAGGCAGUCAAGGCUUUGAACAAGUACGGAGAGGAGGUCAAACUUAAGAGCUUUCCUGAGGAUGGUAAACAUGGAUUCGUCAUAGCAGACAACGAAUACGAUGCUUUCCUAGAAAAAGUGAAGAAUGUCACCCAUUAA